UAAAUAAAAAAACAAAUAAAAAAUUUAAACGUUAUGGCGUUCACAUUUGCAGCGUUUUGCUAUAUUUUAGCUCUCAUUCUUACGGCUAUUCUUAUAUUUUUCGUAAUUUUCCACAUCAUAGCAUUUGAUGAAUUGAAAACAGAGUAUAAAAAUCCUAUAGACCAAUGCAACAGUUUGAAUCCAUUGGUUCUUCCUGAAUACCUCUUGCAUAUAAUAUUUAACCUGUUGUUUUUAUUUGCUGGAGAAUGGUUGUCUUUGAUUCUAAAUAUGCCACUCAUUGCAUAUCAUGUACGCAGAUAUUUGACCCGUCCAUCAUACAUGACUGGACAUGGGUUAUAUGAUCCAACAACAAUCAUGAAUGCUGAUGAACUAUCUCGUGCCAUGAAAGAAGGAUGGGUUAAAAUGGCCUUCUACUUGCUGUCAUUUUUUUAUUAUUUAUACAGUAUGAUCUAUGUGUUGGUAUCUUCAUGAAGAACAGAAAAGCAUACCUAUUAGGCCCACACGGAAAUAGUGGCAAAAUUGUGAUGAAAAAGUGCAUACUUCCCAGCGUGUUACCUUUUUUUUUUUGUGUUUUCAAUUCCUUAUUCACCUCAGUUUUAUUUUUCAUCCUUGAAAUUUCUUUCUCUUCAAAUAUCCUAGUUAAGUUCUGCUCUGCAUUGAUUUAAUUCUCUUAAAAUAUGGCUGUCAACAUUUAGCAUAUUUUGAUAUUUAUUUGAACAUAAUGCAAUAGGUGAAAAAUGAGGAAUUUUUUUUUGAUUUUAUUAACAUUUCACAAGUUUCCACCACCAUCAAGAACAAAUAAUUAAAUGAAGUAUCCCUAACCCUCUUCCAAAACAAGGCAGAUGAAUGAUCUAAAAGUACCAUUUUUAUAAAAUCUUCAAGAUGAUAUGGUUAUUUUUAGGAUGUAGACAGUUGUUGGAUUUUUACCUGUAAUAAUCUGACAUUGUUGCAAGAAUGAUAGUUUUAGCAUAAAAGGAAAACAAACAAAAAAAAAAUGCUAAACAUCUUUGGCCAUUGGUACAAUUUCACUUUCAUUUUGAAGAAAAUCACAUUGCUAAAAUGAUGCUGAAUUGGAGAAGCACUAAAACAUCUGGGGAAGUUAUUAAUAUUCUUUCAAUAUCCCUCAAGGUAUAAAGAAAAGAAAAUAGUAAAAUUCUCCUGCCCAUUUUGUACUAAUAUGUUUUCUUGUCCUAAUUUAAAACAUUAAAAUUAUUCAUUAAUAAUA